AUAUCUCGAUGGCUUCCUCUUAUUUUCGUUGAAAUCCUGGCGCAGGCCCUGGCAGUCCUGCUGCGAGCAUGCGGUGCUUAUUCGAGGGCUGGUCCCCGCAAAUGGCCUAGAGCUCCGACCGUAGCGGCCAUGUGGCUGGAGAAAUAAGAUAGCAUUCCCAACACAUAACAUGACCUGGCAGACACCUUAUCGCGACCAAUGAGCAUGGAGGCUAUGCUCGACGACGAGGGCCGGGACGCGCUGAUGUUCCUCGAGGGCACUGCCUCGACCAGGGUUAGAGGCGCCGACUCCCCGCACACCAGCGCCCACUUUCCCGUGCGCAGCAUGCUUGAUUUCGACGAGUCGGGUCCGCCGCGGCCGCCAAGGAGAGGAAAGGAGCCCUCGCCCGGCUCCUGUCGUUGCUAG